AUGGCCGCCCGAUUGUCGGCCUCGGCGCUGGCCCCUAUAAGACCGACUUCGAGCUCGAUUUGCGCUGCGCGCCAGCUCAGCCAUUCUUUAUCGCGAAACCAGCAGACUCGAGGCGUUGCGCAAACGCAUUUGCGAAAAGUCGCCGAGGGAGAGGAGCGCUGGAGGUUCAGAGCAGAAAAGAUUCAAAAUGGCGAGCAGCGGCACGUGUGGGACAUCUUGGACGAGCGAGGAUACAUCAAGGAUGUAGCAGGAAAUGCCGACAGAAUCAAGGAAGUCAUGCGAAUCAAGCGAAUCGGCGCGUAUGUCGGAAUCGACCCCACGGCCGACUCUCUGCACGUAGGCCACAUGCUGCCACUCAUGCCUCUCUUUUGGCUGUGGUUCCACGGCCAUCCUGCCGUGACCCUUAUCGGCGGCUCGACCGCAAGAAUUGGCGACCCUAGCGGGCGUCUACAAAGUCGCGACCAUAUUUCCAACUCGGACAUUUCCAAAAACAUCACCAAGAUUCACUAUCAACUGACGAGGCUGUGGCACAACGUCGUCCAAAUGCGCAUUAGACACGGCUAUGAAGAUGACUGGGCGGCCAAGCGGAGUCUCCUCAAUAAUAACAUGUGGCUACAAGGCUUAACACUCUACGACUUUAUAAAGAGACUCGCGAGGGACACCCGGAUCGGCCCCAUGCUGAGUCGCGAUACAGCGAAGCGUAAGCUGACAGAGGGCGAUGGCAUGUCGCUGGGCGAGUUUAUCUAUCCUUUGCUGCAGGGCUGGGACUUUUGGCACAUGUACAACAAAAUUGGUGUACAGAUGCAAAUUGGUGGCUCCGACCAGUACGGCAACAUUGUGGCGGGGAUUGAGUCGCUCAAGACGAUUCGCGCAACAGAAGAAGCCCCGUAUGCGCGCAUGGAAACGGGGUGGCAGCACGACCCCGUUGGCUUCACGGUACCGCUGCUGACUGAUUCUGCCGGCGUCAAAUUCGGCAAGAGCGCAGGCAACGCCGUAUGGCUGGACGAGUUCAAGACGUCAGCAUUUGACUUGUACGGGUACUUUAUGCGCCGAACCGACGACGAGGUGGAGAGACUGCUGAAGCUCUUUACCUUCUUGCCCGUGCCCAAGAUUCAGACCAUCAUGGAGGAGCACAAUGCGGACCCCUCGAAGCGCAUCGCGCAGCACAACCUUGCCUUUGAGUUUGUCUCGCUGAUUCACGGCUCGCAAAAGGCUCUGGAAGAAGCCCAGCAGCACUCUUUCCGCUUCGGUGGCGAGCUGCCCAAGAUUGUCAAGGAGCCGGCCGAGAGCUCCGGCAUCGUCAACCCCAACACCGCACCCAGGAGCGACAUCAAGCUGCCCCGCUCCGUCAUGAAGCUGUCGCCCGCCAGACUGCUGUUUGCGACGGGCCUGGCGCCCAGCGCCGCCGAGGGCCAGCGCCUGGUCAAGAUGCAGGGCGCCUACGUCGCCGCGCAGCCGGGCCAGAAGCGCGGCCUCGUGCCCGGCAACCUCGACUGGACGCCGAUGAAGAUGUGGUUCCCCGAGGAGACGGCCAAGUUCCUUCUCGACGGCCGCAUGCUCAUCCUGCGCAAGGGCAAGCACAACGUGCGCAUCGUGGAGCUCGUCGACGACGACGAGUGGAAGGCCAGCGGCGCCAUCUACCCGGGCGAGGCGUACACGGGCACGGUGCGCCGCAUGAAGGAGGAGAUCAUCGCGCAGGCGGCCGAGCGCGGCGAGGAGCUGACCAUGACGCAGGUCAACAAGAUGCUCAAGGAAAAGGGCCGCCAGGAGGGCCUCAAGGUGGCCAACAAUCCCGACAUUGCGCUGCCCAGCAAGGCCGAGGUGCGCGAGCGGGCCAAGCUGAUGCGCAUGCAGAAGAAAGAAGACAGGGAAGAAAAAAGUAAAGGCGGGGACGAGCAUGAGUGGUGA